AUGGCCAGCCACGAAGCUCGUAUACAUCCCCAAGACGAGGCCGCACCCCGGUCCUCAAGGCCCUCUGGACGCAGGGGCGGUCGCGGCGGCAGGCCCGAAGGCCGGGAGGUGCAGCUGUCCAAAGCGCUCUCCAGGCUGCUACGACACCAAGCUGAGAAUGCGGGCAUCAAGCUCGACGAAGAGGGCUUCGCGCCUCUAGACCGCUUGUCUUGGGGCCCUAUCAAAUCCCUCUCCCCAAGCCUGCAGGAAGUCAAGGACGUUGUGGAAACCAACGCCAAGAAACGCUUCACUCUAAGACCUGCUGACCCUUUGGCGCCUGAACCCCCUUCUGCGGCGGGAUACCUUAUCCGCGCCAACCAGGGGCACUCCCUCAAGGUCGAUGAGGCGGCUUUGUUCGAGCCGAUUCUGCUGGGGGCCGCGGACUUGCCGGGCAAGGUGGUCCACGGGACGUACUUUGCGUUCUGGAAGGCAAUUCUCGAGUCGGGCGGGCUGAAGCCCAUGAGCAGAGGGCACAUUCACUGUUCGGACAGGACGCCGGAGGAAGGGGCUGUGAGCGGGAUGAGGAGAGAUGCGGAGCUGUUGGUCGAGAUUGAUAUUGAGGCGAGUCUCAAGGACGGCGUGACCUGGUGGAGGAGCGACAAUGGGGUGAUUUUGACGGACGGCGGGGAGGGAGGGGUCCUGGAGACCAAGUAUUUCAAGAUGGUGACGAGCAGGACUACUGAUUUGGGCGUCUUGUGGGAGGACGGCGUCAAGAUUGCCGAUUUACCUGCGGAUUUGAAGUUUAGAGCACCAGGGGGGAAGAGACCAGGGGGGAGGAGAGGAGGGGGAGAAGGUGGCGGCGGGAGACAUAGGAGGUCAUGA